AUGAGGCUGAAACAAAGCCUGAUCCAGAAAUUCUCGGACGACUGGAGAAUCGGCCUUAAAAAGGCAGAAACUUGGGCUGUCGAUGCUCUGUCUGAAGUAUCCCAACGUAUCAAGGACAACGCUCAGCGCCAUGACAACCACCUGCAGCUCUGCAGAGUGCAGAAACUGCUGAAAGGCCGGAAGGCACAGGUGUUGGCUCCAGGGAGGUGGUUCAUCCGGGAGGGCUGGCUGAACAUCGUCCCUCCAAAGGGUUCAGAGACGAAGCCCAAGAUGUUCUUCCUGUUUUCCGACCUGCUGCUGGAGGCCAAGUGCUGCAGUCCGCUGUCUUUCUCCAGCGGCAGAAAGUACGUGGGCCAGCAUGCCUAUCCACUGAGAGACGCCGCCAUUGAAAAGGUGUUUGGCCACACCAGGAGCAGCGGAGGCCUGCUCAGUUUAACCUUCCCCAAAGUGAAGCUCCUGCUGAUGUCCAGCAACCAGGACGACUUUAAUGACUGGUACCAGUGCCUGAGCUCAGCCAUUAGGAAGCUGCAAACUUCACACACGGUUGUUCAGAGAGACGAACCUCAUCACACACCUCUUCCCAGUACGGUGGCCCACAGCAACCAAGUCAGGAAGAGAAACAUGAGCGGCAUCGAGUCCUCAAAGCAUCCGAGGCCCCUGGCUGAGCUGCAGUGUAGCGCUCAGAAGAGGACAAAGCAGUAAAGUGAUGCAGAGCAAAGAGCAGGAGCUUCCAUCUAGGCCUCCUGAUCCUCUGAAGGACGGCUUCGGUCUCAGAUUAACGCUGAUAAACAGUCAUCUGAUGAGAAUAGCCACCAGCCAGAUGUUUUUCCUCUGUCUUUUUUUCCAAUUGAAAGCUUUUUAUUAUUGCUUCCCUUCUCUUUACUGGCUGAUUCUGUUACCUACAGAACAUCUAAUGAACAUUUAUCAAUGAGUUUCUCCUGCUGCCUCCUUUGCAGUGAGUCACAUAUAAUCCAGAGAUAAUCCCACCUCAGUAGGAAUAUGAUAUAUCAUGUUAAAGUUGAACCUUGCUGCUUGAAGUUAAUCCACAUUCUAUAUGCCAAAGAUUAUAAGCUGAUUAUAACAUAGAAGUCAUUAUACAACAUUAUUUCCUCUCUCUUGUAUUUAAUCUUUUUUCUUCCUUUUUACAGAUUUUAUAAUUAUUAACCUUAUAAUUGUCACUAUUUUACUACUUUUAUCCUUUUUUUACUACUCAAAAUGCUUUUUAAAGCUGUUA